UUUGUUUUCACUACAUUGUUUUACCCGUAUUUUUUCGCAUGUUUCAAAGGUGCAGAGUACAAGUUAAAUUUUCAAAAUAGUUUUAGAUAUAACUAUUACACCUAUAAUUGUUUAAUUUUAUGAUUGAAAUGGUUGAAAGAAAUGUGUACGUUCCAAGAGUAAAUCAGAUUGAUGCCAUUCAUUUGAAUAAAGAUAUUACACGAUUAAUACGCGAUAAUUUACUAGAAAAUUUGCAAGCUAUUUCACCCGCUUUGUUUGCGAAGAUACAACCGGAAUUAGACUUACUUGUUCAAUCAGCAAUUUGGUUCGGUUCAAUUGGUAAACAAGGUUCAACAUUUGGUCAACAAUUGCUCGUUCUUUCCUAUGAUUCAGAACGUCUAACUUUAUCCCGACUAUGUCUACAUUUUGCAUUAACGAUAAUUCCAAACUAUUUAAGAAAUUUGGACGAACGUCGUUUAACUGUGCAAUCUGAAUGGUUACAUAAAGCAAUCGAAUGGGGAGAAAAUACAGCUCUUUUAUGUUCUGUGUUAAAUUUCUUCCGCUUUUUGAAGACCGGUCGCAAACCGACCAUUGUCGACUUUUUACUUGGUCUAGAUUAUAUAAGUUUGCGGCAUAAUCAAAGGCGCGAUAUAGGCUACAAAUACCUCACGCGCGAAUUAUUGUGGGGUGGUUUCAUGGAAAUAUUGGGGCUCCUGCUACCGGUAAUUAAUUUUAGAAAAAUUAUGCGGCUUUUAAACAAUACUAUUAAAAGUAUGAAUGUCAAUACAAGGGAGGACAGGCGUAUGGCUAAUACUGAGGAAAAAGUCAUACUGAAAUCGAAUACUCUUUGCACUUAUUGUGAAGAAAGACCAACCAUACCACAUCACAUGAGUUGCGGUCACAUCUACUGUUAUUAUUGUUUGGCAGCCAAUAUUGCUACUGAUGCUAGUUUCAGCUGCACGAAAUGUGGUACAAGUACUACGAAUGAAAUUCAUGUGCUGUAGCCAAAUUUAUUUUUAAUUGAUUGAAAUGAAAAAAGUAAUUAAAUGAACAUAUUUCUCAUAUUAGACAAAAUAUCUGUAUAAUUAGCUUUUAUAUACGAUUAUGGCGAUGGAAAAAAUAUCUUUAAAUUUAAACUACUUGGAGCUUGUUGCGACAUUUUUGACGUCUCCAAAAAGAGAUAAUUAUACCUUAGCUCAUUGUUUUACAUCGGGUAUUGAAUUUAUUCGUGUACAUUUAUAAAUAAAUUUUAAAUAUUUUCAAAAAAUUA